AAUUGCGUGGUCACGGCGGAGGCCGUUGUGCCACCGCGAGCGAAACCGCACACACACGGCACGGGGGGUGGGAACCGCGAGAUGCCUGUGGUUAUAGAUGGAAUUAAGAACUGAAUGCCUGUUGUUAUAGAUGGAAUUAGGAACUGAAUGAUAGGAGCAUUCACGCCUCUGCAUAGACAGGGCGGCGCAGGGCAGAAGCAUCUGAAUGUCUUUUGUUCUAGAAAAGGUCACGGAUCAGCAUGUGAAAAAGGACGAAAAUAACUCAGCCUCUGAAUGGACAGGGCGGUACGGAGCGUGGGAACCACGGUACGCCUUUGUCAUAAGUAAUAUUACAGAUCUGAAUAUGAAGGAGCACGGGUGGGCAGGCGCCAGAGCAACGGAAUGCCUUUAGGGUGUAUAAAAUACGGAGGCUUAGCGUAGCAAGGGACAGUCUUCUUCAAAAAGCAUCGCGGUCCACGCAGGAGGGGAGUUAGCCAUUCGAGACGUCCACGUGACGAACUUCAGCGCAGCCAGGCUCAACCCUCUACUGAUCGCUUUUCUACAGCUUCCAGCGCAACAGAGUGGAAGUACGCGUGAGUAAGAGAGAGAGCACGCCGCCGUAGAUUCGCCUCCUGCGCCCACGUCUCGCACGCUGCCAGCUCGCAUAUAAAGCGGGAUCCCCCAUCUCGGGGCGGCACUGCUCAUCGGGGACCCACGACACGGCAACGUCGUCGGUGAGAUACACGAGACGCGGACACAGAUGCUCCCUCCGAUGGCGAUGUGGUUGGCGUCCUGCACCCUGGCGCUGAUGGUGGUUGCGACGCUCGGAGGCGGGAAGGCGGAGGAGCACUGCCGGUGCGGUUGCCCCGGAGUACCGGGCAGCCCAGGGCAGCCCGGCCUCCCGGGGCGCGAUGGACAACAUGGUGUCCACGGGCAGAACGGAGAGAAGGGAGCAGCAGGACCCGUCGGCCCGAUCGGUCUUCCUGGCGCCAAAGGAGAGCGCGGACCGCCGGCCGAAAAGGCAUCGAAGGACGAUGGCGUUGUCCUCGGCCUGAGGUCAGCCUUCACCAUCGGCCUGGCCGCGUCCACCAACCCCACGAGCGGCGCACCCCUCAAGUUCACCAAGGUAGCGUACAACGACCAGGGCCACUACGACGUGUCCACCGGCAAGUUCAUGUGCGUCGUCCCCGGGGUCUACUACUUUGACUUCCACUUGACGGGCGGCACUGGGGCGAGCCGCUUCUCCCUGCGGCACAACGGGAAUGCCGUCCAGUUCAAGUCCGCCACUGGCACUGGUGCCUCGACCACGGGGACGGCGACAGCGACGGCGGCCACCAUGUACUCAUUGGCGGGCGGCUCCGUGCUGCGCCUACGGAAGGGAGACUCCGUGUGGAUCCAGGCGGAGGCUGGGCACAGCAAGCUGGCGGCGGAGACUCAGGCCGACACCACCUUCUCCGGCUUCCUGCUGUACCCCGACCUGCCGAAAUAAUAAUAAUAAUUCACAGUUCUAUAUUUGAGCACAAUUGGUAGUGAUGGGAUUCGCGUUGGUUUGGUUCUGCUAGGGUUUGGAUGGCAGUCGCGUUAGUUUAGACGACGAUGAGUUCGGAGUGUGAUUUACGCUGUCUGCCCGUCACUAAAACUACACUUUUGCCGCUGCCAGGAACUGAUCCACCAGGGCGGCUCCGGGAUAGUGGCUCGCAAAUUGCACUUCUCAGCCCGUCAUACCCUAUUCAUCCCUCAGUGGUCAAUCAAAAUGAGUACCGCUUUAGUAGGAAAUUUAACAGUGGUUGUCCUAUGCAUAGAAUCGCCCUCGCCACAGGAAUGAGGAAUUUGCACGACUUGCUCAGGGCUCCGCCUCAGUGCUCACUCUAACACGGAAUCGCUUUAACUGUUUGUUUUUUUAGAAUAUACCAGAAUUUGAACGAGGUGGUUGUGCAAUGCGCCCGGUGGGUGUUGUGAGUGUCGGGGAAGCGAGGGAGAGGGGAGGAGCGACUCCUGUG